AUAGUUCUCGCUUCCCGGUAACUAAGGUGAUGAGAGGGACUGCCCUCUGAGACGAGCGGACGUCCUAUUGGAUCAGGGUGAACCCCUGAGGCGCGUUGGAUGAGCCUAGGGAACGGCCUGGCAGGCGGCGGGGUUAUCUGAAGCAGAAACGCUUCGGGGUGAACUGGGGCAACUGUGUGUUCUGAAGAAUUGUUGUUUUGAAGCGCGAGGCAGGACUGCCUUGCCCUUUCCAAGAUGGCGACGCAGCAACUCUGAGUGUCUCACUUCCGCUCGUUCGCCGGAUAAGCGCUUUUUGAUUGGCCAGUGGACGGCGGCGUGGCGUGACGUGCUGGGCUGCUGACCAAUCGGCUGAGGGCUGAGCUGGCCUUGGUGGCGCUGCGGCGGCUCUGGCCAGGUGAGCGGCUCCGGCCAGUUCCCUUUUAGACUAUGGCAACAUACCUGGAGUUCAUUCAGCAGAAUGAGGAACGGGAUGGUGUGCGUUUCAGUUGGAACGUGUGGCCUUCCAGCCGUCUCGAGGCAACGCGAAUGGUUGUUCCCCUAGCCUGUCUCCUUACGCCUUUGAAGGAACGUCUAGACCUACCUCCUGUUCAGUAUGAGCCUGUGCUUUGCAGCAGGCCAACUUGCAAAGCUGUUCUUAAUCCACUUUGUCAGGUUGAUUAUCGAGCAAAACUUUGGGCCUGUAAUUUCUGUUUCCAAAGAAAUCAGUUUCCUCCAGCUUACACUGGCAUAUCUGAGGUGCAUCAGCCUGCUGAAUUGAUGCCCCAGUUUUCUACGAUUGAGUACGUGGUACAGCGAGGUGCCCAGACCCCUCUGAUCUUUCUCUAUGUGGUUGACACAUGUCUGGAGGAAGAUGACCUUCAAGCACUCAAAGAGUCCCUGCAGAUGUCCCUGAGUCUCCUUCCUCCAGAUGCUCUGGUGGGUCUGAUCACAUUUGGGAGGAUGGUGCAGGUUCACGAACUAAGCUGUGAAGGAAUCUCCAAAAGUUAUGUCUUCCGAGGGACCAAGGAUUUAACUGCAAAGCAAAUACAGGAUAUGCUGGGCCUAACCAAGCCAGCCAUGCCCAUGCAGCAAGCAAGACCUGCUCAGCCACAGGAGCACCCUUUUGUUUCAGGCAGAUUUCUGCAGCCUGUUCACAAGAUUGACAUGAACCUCACUGAUCUUCUUGGGGAGCUCCAGAGGGACCCAUGGCCAGUAACUCAGGGGAAGAGACCUCUGCGAUCCACUGGUGUUGCCUUGUCCAUUGCUGUUGGCUUGCUGGAGGGCACUUUUCCAAACACGGGUGCCAGGAUCAUGCUGUUUACUGGAGGUCCCCCUACCCAAGGACCUGGCAUGGUGGUUGGAGAUGAAUUGAAGAUUCCUAUUCGUUCCUGGCAUGAUAUUGAGAAAGAUAAUGCACGUUUCAUGAAAAAGGCAACCAAGCACUAUGAGAUGCUUGCUAAUCGAACUGCUGUAAAUGGUCACUGCAUUGAUAUUUAUGCUUGUGCCCUUGAUCAAACUGGACUAUUGGAGAUGAAGUGUUGUCCAAAUCUUACUGGAGGGCACAUGGUAAUGGGAGAUUCUUUCAACACUUCUCUCUUCAAGCAGACAUUCCAAAGAAUUUUUAGUAAAGAUUUUAAUGGAAAUUUCCGAAUGGCAUUUGGUGCUACUCUGGAAGUAAAGACCUCUCGGGAACUGAAGAUAGCAGGAGCCAUUGGUCCAUGUGUAUCUCUGAAUGUGAAAGGACCGUGUGUGUCAGAAAAUGAGCUUGGUGUUGGUGGCACGAGUCAGUGGAAAAUCUGUGGCCUGGAUCCCACAUCUACACUUGGCAUUUACUUUGAAGUAGUCAAUCAGCACAACACCCCGAUCCCCCAAGGAGGCAGAGGUGCUAUCCAGUUUGUCACACAGUAUCAACACUCCAGCACCCAGAGACGCAUCCGUGUGACCACCAUUGCUCGAAAUUGGGCAGAUGCACAGAGUCAGCUCAGGCACAUAGAAGCAGCCUUUGACCAGGAGGCUGCUGCGGUCUUGAUGGCACGGCUUGGGGUGUUCCGCGCGGAAUCAGAGGAGGGACCGGACGUGCUCCGGUGGCUGGACCGACAGCUCAUCAGACUGUGUCAGAAGUUUGGGCAAUACAACAAAGAAGACCCCGCUUCCUUUAGGUUAUCAGACUCCUUUUCUCUGUAUCCUCAGUUCAUGUUCCAUCUCAGAAGAUCUCCAUUCCUUCAAGUGUUCAACAACAGCCCCGAUGAGUCGUCGUACUACAGACACCACUUUGCCCGGCAGGAUCUGACCCAGUCCCUCAUCAUGAUUCAGCCCAUCCUCUACUCCUACUCAUUCCAUGGGCCUCCGGAGCCAGUGCUCUUGGAUAGCAGCAGCAUUCUGGCCGAUAGGAUUUUGCUGAUGGAUACUUUCUUCCAAAUUGUCAUUUAUCUCGGUGAAACCAUAGCCCAGUGGCGUAAAGCUGGGUACCAGGACAUGCCUGAAUAUGAAAACUUCAAGCACCUUCUGCAAGCACCACUGGAUGAUGCACAGGAAAUUCUGCAAGCGCGCUUCCCGAUGCCACGUUACAUCAACACGGAGCACGGGGGCAGUCAGGCUCGAUUCCUUUUGUCCAAAGUCAACCCAUCUCAGACACACAAUAACCUGUAUGCUUGGGGACAGGAAACUGGAGCGCCCAUUCUAACCGAUGACGUUAGCCUGCAGGUGUUCAUGGACCAUUUGAAGAAACUGGCUGUCUCCAGUGCCUCCUGAGUUGAGGACGUGACCAGGACGCUGGAGAAGACACUGUCAGAUGAUGUCCACAACUGUUUUUAAAGGCUUAAUACCAUUCCUUUUACUUUUCUGGCAUAUUUUAAUAAAUGAUCAAAGAAAAUUUUGUAUGUAACUCUUUAGAUCUAAUUUAUUUGUAUUCUUUCUUACCCCUUUUCUCGCACUAUAAAAUAGUAAGGUUAUAAAUGUUUUUGAUACUCGUAGAUGUUUAUGUGCUUUUUGUGCCCUAACAUUUAGAGUCUAAAUAAAAUCAGGUAAUGUAUUUUGACAACUUAUUUAGGUGAAAAUCUUAAUGAUUGUAAAAGAAAUAAAUCUCUAUAAAGAAAGUACUGGCUAAAAUAGUGCUAAUACAAAUUUGAUUUCCUGA